CUAAGCAAAUGCGAAAUCUUCCUUCACCGAGUUUGCGAGUGGUGACGUCCACGGGUUGCGAGGUCAGAUCAGUCCUGAGGACAGAUGACAUGGUAAGGGUGGAAGUCCUCGAUGUUAAAAUUCCAAUAGGCGAUCAGUCGGUGUAACUUGGUGACUAUGCGUAUUUUGAUUUGAAAAAGAAGUGCAAGUUGCAAACUCAUAGACCAUUCCCUCUUGCUCUCCUAAUACUGCUUCUUUGGGUCUCUAGUGCCACGUAUGUGCUCGGUAAUGUUACAACGUCAAUGAAUGGGUUCUUCAUGCAUUUUAUUAUAGGGCCAUUCGUAGUAAUCUCCACAAAAAAUGUCUUCAGAUUUGAUUUCGCCGAUUCAAUAAAGAGAGAGAAUAAGAAAUUGUGGGGAGGCGUGAGACAGUACAGUACACAAUCCACAAUCACGAAUAGCUAGUGAAUAACAAUAACAACCUCACUCUUUAUUGUAAAUACGUAUUCAUACGACAUACGACACUAGAGAGCAUACCAACAUUUCACACGUACGAACGGUAAGUACGAACCGGGCGGAACGAGUGUUUCGUGUUUCGUUGGCGCUUGCAAAAAAAAGCCUCACCAUCACGUGCGAGGCAACAACAACAACAACAACAGCAACAUCCAACUUCAGAACAAUAAUUCAUAAUUCAGCCUCAUAACAAUCUUGCCGACGAACAAAGCAAAAAAAUCUACAACUACCGACUAGAAUCAACAACACAGAAAUAGAAUGACUACUGCACACAGACCUACCUGGAAGGCCGCCGUCGGAAAAGCCAGCGAGGGGGGAUGGGGCUCCGGCGGUGCCGGAUCGCAGGGCUUGAGCGUCCUGGACAUGCCCGCCCACACCAAGCUCAAGUUCCGCAAGGGCGACCAGGUUGUGGAUCGCCAAAAGGCCCUGAAGGAAUCCCUCCUCAAACUGGAAACUGCAGAGAAGGAAGCCACCAAGAAAUUGCUCAAGCGACCGGCCGUUGACGAAAAAGUAGAGGAAGAGGGUCGACUGAAACUCUUGAAACAGACGGCCGAGGUGGACGAGCGGGCGAUCCAAGCAAAAUACAACGAUGCCGACGCCCUUUCUUCGGACGACGACAGUGGAGAUGGCGACGGAUGGAGCGAGGCAGAUAACGACGACCUGGACGCGAGCAGCAGCGACGAGGAUGAUUCCGACGAUGAUUCGGACGACGAAGACGAGGAAGCAGCACUCUAUGCCGAGCUUGCCAAAAUACGGGCAGAGCGAGAAGCCGCAAAACAAAAAGAAGAAGCCGAGGAAGCCGCCCGAAACGAAGAGAAACUGGAAGAGGCGGCGUUGCUGGGAAACCCAUUGCUAGCAUCCGGGAACGACCAUGACACCGGCAGGCUGAAACGGCGGUGGAACGAAGACGUCGUCUUUCGCAACCAGGCAAAGGGGGAGCCCGAGAUAAAGAAGCGGUUUAUCAAUGAUACGGUACGAAACGACUUCCACAAGCGCUUCCUUAACAAGUUCAUUCGAUAGGAAUACACCCAAUUUCAUUUAUGCACUAUAUCUUGGUGCCUACAUCGAUUCUGCAAUCGUACGAAAAUAGCAAGGGGUGACAGCGUUUUAAAAAAUAUUUUAAAAGUCA